ACUCAAACUCUUUAUCAUCACAACAUCCGUCCUUCCAAGUAAACAAACAAACGACUGCCACCACACAACUUGCUCCUCCGUCUACCGUAUAGCGAGCAGCCUUUUGAACCAGAGUGCGAGAUUUUUAACAACCCACUUCACCAUGAAACUCUACGCGCUCUCCGCCGCGAUACUGCUCACCUAUCCCGCAGCCUCGCAUGGGCUCCAGCUUCCUUUCAAACUUCCUCCCAAAGUCUCCGAGCUCAAGUCGGCAAUAUCCUCCUACAGCGAACAGAUCCCGUCGAUCGCCUCACUCCGCGAUCGUCUCGAACUCCCUCAAUUCCUCAAAAACCUUGCGGACCCCAUCGCCGCCUCUCCCGUCCUGUCUCUUCACCGCCAUCUCGUCGAGAUCCCAUCCGUCACCGGCUCCGAGGGCGCCGUAGCAGCAUGGCUAGCCGAGUACCUGACCACGCAAAACUUCACGGUCGAGACACAGGCGGUGUCCGGAUACGCGGGCGAUCGCAUGAACGUAUUCGCAUACCUGGGCAAGAACCGGACGACGCACACACUCGUCACGAGCCACAUCGACACCGUGCCGCCGUUUAUUCCGUACAAGGCCGCUAGCAGCACCAUCUACGGGCGCGGCAGCAAUGAUGCGAAGGGCUCCGUGGCGUCGCAGAUCAUCGCGGUCGAGGAGUUGAUCCGCGACGGUGUGCUCUCAGAGGGCGACAUAUCGCUGCUGUAUGUUGUCGGCGAGGAAUUCUCCGGCGACGGAAUGAAGACCGCGAAUCAUCUCGGCGUCUCUUGGCAAGCGGUCAUCUUCGGCGAGCCGACGGAAAAUAAGCUCGCGGUCGGACACAAGGGGAUCUUGUUGUUCUCGGUUGAGUCCGUGGGUAAAGCGUCGCAUUCGGGAUACCCCCAUCUCGGCAUCAACGCAAACUCGCAUCUCGUCCAAGCACUUGCACGAUUGGAUUCACUGCAGUUGCCCGGAAGCGAUCUACUCGGCGAAUCGACGCUGAAUAUUGGCCGGAUCGAGGGUGGUGUGGCGUCGAAUGUCAUUCCUGCGUCUGCGCGUGCCGAUAUCGCUGUUCGUGUAGCAGGCGAUUUUGACGAGACCGUGGCGAUGAUUAAAGAUACGGUCAGGGGCAUCGAGGGUGUCGAGCUGAAGUUUAUGGAUGUUGGGUAUGGUCCCGUCGAGCUGGAUCAUGACGUCGAGGGCUUUGAGCAUAUCGUCUGUUCGUACGGAACCGACGUGCCAAAUCUCAAGGGAGAGCACAAGAAGUAUCUCUACGGACCUGGCUCGAUUCUCACUGCGCAUGGCGACAACGAAUAUGUCCUCAAGUCCGACCUCUUCGACGCCGUCAACGGCUACAAGAAGCUGAUCAAGGAGUCUCUGUGGCCCACCAAGCGCGUUCCCGACAUCAUCGAAGGAGUGGGAUUGUUCGACCAGGAGAUUCCUACUCCCGCGGAACCUGAAAUCACCACUACGGCGCUGAGCAAGAUUGUCGAUAAGGUCGAGUCGCUUGGAAUUCACUUGCCUAGGAAGGAGGAGGAUGAGUUAUAAGGUGGAUGAUGGCGUGACGCGUAAUACGAUGAUUUUGAUGAUUGAAAUGGCUUGUUUUGCGCAUUUUCUAUUGCUUUAUGGAUGGCCUUUUUUUAUUUAUUGCGCGGUGGAGUUUAGCUGGGCUUUACUUUCGAAUUGAUUCACAUGCUUCGUACUCGU